AUGAGGACAACGCCGACUGAAUACAUGGAUCUGUUGCCGCAAAUGGACACCUACUGUACUUCGCCCGAAAAUAAUCUUUGCUUCUUAGGAGGUGACGGUCGUGUCAAUCUCCACCCAUUAAUCACGACACAGUACACGCUUUUCGUUCGGGAGCACAACCGGUUAGCCAACCUUCUGGGGGCUACUUAUCCCGACUUUAGUGACGAGAUCCUUUUCCAAGAGGCACGCAAGUUUCUCAUUGCAGAGUUUCAGCAUAUCGCAAACAAUGAAUUCCUUCCUAAUAUCCUUGGUUCUGAUUUAAUGGAAGCCUACAAUCUGUGGUCACUUCAGGAUGGCCAUUCGAGUUACCUAUCGAGUGUCCACCCAGGUACCCGUAACGGUUUUGCUUCUGCAGCUUUUCUUUUCGCACACUCGGGUGUCAUGGGUGAGAUUUCGAUCAACGGGAGUCAGAUUUCUUUCGGUUCUCUUUUUUACAACCCCGACAUCUUUUACAAUGUUUCCGAUGCAACCACUAUCCUGUUUAUGACCGACGAACUUACCAACAAACUAAGCGAAACAAAACCUGGAGACGGUUGGGAUUUAGCAGCUAUUAAUAUCCAGAGUGGGCGCGACAACGGACUUCCGACAUACAAUACGUGGCGACACUGGUGCGGCCUGAAUGUGGCCGAAAAUUUCACUUCUUUAGUUGACCACAAGGAUGAAGAUAAGGAAAUUUUACAACAAAUCUAUGACACCCUGUAUUUAUCUCACUGCCUACUCAUAUCUAUCUAUCUAUCUAUCUAUCUAUCUAUCUAUCCCUAG